GCGGCGCGUGCAGCGGUGGGCCGCAGCCGGGUGCGAAGGGUCGGGAUGGAAGCGGCUGGGGCGACGAGCAGGGACGCACUGGGGCGCGCGGCAGGUCCGCCCAGCGGCAAUGGAGAGGAGAGCCCGCCUGAGAGGCUCCUCUUUGUCUCCCUUCCAGCAGGAAAGUUUAUAUGGAUUAUAACGCUACCACCCCUCUGGAGCCAGAAGUUAUCCAGGCCAUGACCGAGGCCAUGUGGGAAGCUUGGGGAAAUCCCAGCAGUCCUUACCUGGCAGUGUGAUCUUAAGCAAACUAUCCCAUCCUUUUCUUCUCCUGUCUUGAUGAAUGGGAAGCAAGGCAGAUGGCCACAGCUUCCCCUCUCCUAAGGCCUCCGGUAGGAAGGCCAGGGGUCUCAUCCAAGCAGCUCGGGAAAACCUCGCGAAGAUGAUCGGUGGGGAACCUCAGGACAUAAUCUUCACUUCUGGGGGCACUGAGGCAAAUAAUUUAGUGAUCCAUUCUGCGGUGAAACAUUUCCACGAAACCCACUCCCUGAAGGGAGAUGCGGCUGAGCGUCACAGCCCGGCGGCGGGGGCCGCACCUCACUUCAUCACCUGCACCGUGGAGCACGACUCCGUCCGGCUGCCCCUGGAGCACCUGGUGGAAGAACACGUCGCCGAGGUCACCUUUGUCCCAGUGUCCAAGGUGAAUGGGCGGGCUGAGGCUGAGGACAUCCUGGCGGCUGUCCGCCCAUCCACGUGCCUCGUGACUGUCAUGCUGGCGAAUAAUGAGACCGGCGUCAUCAUGCCCAUAGCUGAAAUCAGUCAGCGAAUUAAAGCCGAGAACCGGAGGCGGGCCGCUUCUGGGCUGCCUCUCGUUUUCCUGCACACGGACGCUGCGCAGGCGUUGGGGAAAAGGCGUGUGGACGUGGAGGACCUGGGCGUGGACUUCCUGACAAUCGUGGGGCACAAGUUCUAUGGUCCCAGGAUUGGAGCACUCUACGUCCGAGGGCUUGGUGAGCUCAUCCCUCUGUACCCUAUGCUGUUCGGAGGUGGACAGGAGCGGAAUUUCAGGCCAGGGACAGAGAACACCCCGAUGAUUGCCGGCCUUGGGAAGGUGAGCCUGGCGAGCUUGGGCAGAGGAAGCAACUGCUUUGCCUGUUGCUGGGGGAACCUCAGCCUUCCCCCUGUGUCCCUUUUCUGGCACACACACCUCCAACACCAGCUGUGUGGGACGGCCCCACCGUGCAAUUCUGUGACCCCCAACUGGCUGGCCUGCCAUUUCACUCACUUCUCACACCGUCCACCUGGAGAUGGCGUCAGACCCCACAGCCCCAGGAAACGAGCUGUUGGAGUCGCCGCUGCUGUUUGUGCUGCUUUGCUGCCCCGUGUGGUGUUGAAUGGGCUUCCCCGCUGUGCCACCCCAUGUCCCCAGGCCGCCCAGCUGGUGAUGGAGAACUGUGAGGCCUACGAGGCGCACAUGAGGGGCAUCCGCGACUACCUGGAGGAGCGGCUGGUGGCUGAAUUUGAUGGAAGAAUCCAUCUGAACAGCCAGUUUCCAGGGACAGAGCGGCUGCCCAAUACAUGCAACUUUUCCAUCCGGGGACCCCUGCUCCGAGGCCACUUGGUGCUGGCACAGUGCAGGAUGCUGCUGGCCAGCGUGGGCGCUGCAUGCCACUCGGACCAUGGAGACCAGCCAUCCCCGGUGCUGCUGAGCUCUGGCAUCCCCUUUGGCGUGGCGCAGAAUGCCAUCCGGCUCAGCGUGGGCCGCAGCACCACCCGGGCCGAGGUGGACCUGGUCGUGCAGGACCUGAAGCAGGCCGUGGCCUGGCUGGAGGGCCAGGCCUAGGGCUGAGGGCACCUCACAGGAAGCUUCCCCAAGGGCUGUGCCCGCCUGACCCUUCCUAACUUGCCCAGGAGAGUCUGGGUGCGGAGGGGCAGUGCAGUGCGGCCGUGCGCAGGGCAGGGGUGCUUACAGACUGGGACACAAACGCCCACCUAAGGCCCGCUGCCUUGGCUGCCCAGUGGCGUGGCUGAAAGGAAGUGCUUUGGCUGCGUCCAUGCUCCCCUCUGGGGAGUGGGGUGGGCCUGUGGGGAGCGCUCCCUUCCUGGGAGGUGUGCUUUUGUGUGGAAGAUCAAAUCCUUGUAUUUAUAAUCAAUGACCAAUUACUAUCAUGAAAAUAGGAAACCUGGAUUUUGCUACGACCGUGGCACCUGUCAUUCGCCCAGCAGGUUGGCUGCCUGUGGGCCUCCCUGCCUCAGCUUGGCCCUGUCCGGCCCUUCCCAAGUGGGUGGGGCGGCGGUCAGGCCCUGUACUCUGCCUGGCCAUCCCCUACCUCCCAGCCCUGCCUGGGCCAAGGAUGCCUGUCACCACCAGGCUGUGGCCUCUGGGCACCUCCCUGCCUGGAGCCCCCCGCUCCUCCAGCCUCUUCCCUUUUGGUCAUUUCCUCGGGCUCACUGGCAGCUGAGCUGCGGAGGGCUGCGUACGUGAUGCUGGGACGUCCCCGAGGUGGGGAAUCAGUCCCCCAGCUCAGCUUCCUAAUCUUACUCGCACAGGGAUUCUUGUAUCUUCACAAGCGCUUAUUUGACACCAAGUGUAUCUCAUGGAGAUGUUACACAGGAGUGCUUUUUAAUAAAUAACACUUGUAAUGUGCGGUUUUAAGGUGAAAAGAACUUAUGAUGACAUUGAGGAAAUAAUUGUCAGAAAUUAAAUAAACUCAUAAAAGAUUUCA